ACAACAAGUGGCCACGCUUCGUGGUGGCUGGCAACUAGCAAGAAGAAGAGUAUUUUCACGUGUUCUUGUUUGAAGUUGGUUUUGAUUCCGGUUAUCCUCGUGUAAAAUGGCUCUGAAAAGGUUGAAGACUAAAAAAUCCAAGCGAUUGACCGGUCGCCUGAAGCACAAGAUCGAAAAGAAGGUGCGCGACCACAACAAAAAGGAACGUCGCGCUGCCAAGAAGAACCCCAAGAAGGGCAGCAAGAAACAGAAGCUCAUCCAGAUCCCGAACAUAUGUCCCUUCAAGGAGGACAUCCUCAAGGAGGUGGAGGAGGCCAAGCAGCGCCAGGAGGCCGAGCGCUUGGCCCGCCGCGAAGCCUUCAAGGUGGAGCGCGAACAGAGCAAAUUCAAGUCGCUGGAGUCGAUGGUCGAGGAUGCGGACAUGCGGAGCACUGUGCACGGCAUAAUGCACGAGAAUGAUGCCCAGGAUGAGGACGGCAAGAAGUACAAGAACGCCGUCACCAAGGAGCAGUCCCUGAAGCAGUACUUCAAGGAGUUCCGAAAGGUCAUUGAGAACGCAGACGUUGUCCUGGAAGUGGUGGAUGCACGUGAUCCGCUGGGUACCCGCUGCAACGAGGUGGAGCGCGCCGUACGCGGGGCUCCGGGCAACAAGCGACUGGUCCUGGUCCUCAACAAGGCCGAUCUGGUGCCGCGCGAGAACCUAAACAACUGGAUCAAGUACUUCCGCCGCAGCGGACCCGUCACCGCCUUCAAGGCCUCCACACAGGAUCAGGCCAACCGGCUGGGACGCCGCAAGCUGCGCGAGAUGAAGACCGAGAAGGCCAUGCAGGGAUCCGUCUGCAUUGGCGCCGAAUUGCUUAUGUCCAUGCUGGGCAACUACUGCCGCAACAAGGGCAUCAAGACGUCGAUUCGCGUGGGCGUUGUGGGCAUCCCCAAUGUGGGCAAGAGUUCCAUUAUCAACUCGCUGACCCGUGGCAGAUCCUGCAUGGUGGGCAGCACGCCAGGAGUGACCAAGUCAAUGCAGGAAGUGGAGCUGGAUUCGAAAAUAAAACUGAUUGAUUGCCCCGGCAUUGUGUUCACCGGCGGAUCUGAACAGUCACAUGCUGUUUUGAAGAAUGCUCAGCGCGUGGGCGAUGUGAAAGAUCCCUUCACCAUCGCUGAAAGCGUUUUGAAGCGCGCCAGCAAGGAUUACUUCUGCACUAUGUACGACAUUACAAGCUACGACACAUUUGAGGAGUUCUUCGCCAAAAAAGCAGCCAGAAUGGGUAAAUUUCUGAAGAAAGGAGUACCCGAUGUUGUGGCAGCUGCACGAAGCGUGCUCAACGAUUGGAACACAGGAAAAAUCAAAUACUGCACACAGCCUCCGGAAGUUCAGGAAGCGCAAAGUGUACACCUUAGUGCCUCAAUCGUACACUCCGAGGCCCGCGAAUUCGAUGUGGAGAACUUGGAGUCCAUGGAGACAGAGAUUCUAGAGCAUUGCGCUGUGAAAACUGAUGACAUUAUGGAAAUUGCGUGUACGGGUCCACUCGAGAUCAGACAACCGCGUGAAGAAGAAAGUCCUGCCGAAUCAUUGAAUGCAAAUGUGGUCAUAGACGAGAAGGAAAAGCCAGCGAAGGGUCGCAAACGAAAGCUGGAUGAAGAAAAGGAGAAGGUUGAUCCCAGUCUACUGUUGGAAGAAAACCAAUCCCUGAAUAAGGGUAUUAAACAACUUCAAAAGCAAAAGAAGAAACAAAACGUUCGCAACGAGAAGAAAAUAUCCAAAAUUACAGACGUACUGGAUAGCUUUAGCUUAGGGGGAUCUUCUUCGAAGGCAGAAAAAUACGAUUUUGAUGAAGAUUAUGUGAUUGAAUAAAUUCUGCCUUAGUUUUAAUCAUUUAAUAAAUCUGUUGAUGAUACACUGUAAUAUAGAAACGUGUAAUGUCUCCAAAAAAGUUUAAA